AUGUCACUCCCACAACGGCCCGGGCCUGACUCGCCCAAGGGCCCUGGCUACCGAAACUCCAGCUCACGGCGUCCCCGUGCUGUCGACAUCGAGACGGGCGAAUUCCACAGCGUCAAUACUGCCAGCCAAAGCCACAGCCGUGGCAAAUCCGGCUCUUCGUUUGCCGAGACGAUAUCCAACCCCAAUGUCAAUCCCGAUACUGCGCCUCUCCAUGGUGAGGGCUCGCCCCGCGCCCAAGAUCAGAUCUCGCGAAAACGAAGCCUGAUUCGCCCCGAGCGCAACCGCAUCAACAAGGACCAUCGCAAUUACCACUACCACAAACAUGCCGCAAAUAUGAACGUCCUGCCAUCAUCCACCGGCAACGACCCUCUUCUCGAGAACCUCGACGCCGCAACCGAACGCUCCGGAGGCUCCCAUGCCUACGAGACCGUCUCGGACAACUCCAAGGACAACCAGUCCCGGCCGCGCGAAAAGGACAACACACGCGGUUCUCGUCCCGUACGCGGCAAGCGUGCUAAGAUCGUCAAGGAAAGCAAGAUCAAGCCCAGGCGUAAGCAUAAGGUUCCCGAGGGCAAGCUGCGGCCCCCGACGAUAUGGAACGUCUAUUGCUCCCUCGUCACGUUUUGGUGCCCCGACUUCAUCCUGCGCUGCUGCGGCAUGCCCGCAAAGGCGCAGCAGCGUGCCUGGCGUGAAAAGAUGGGUUUGAUCAGCAUCAUUCUCAUGAUCAUGGCCAUUGUCGGCUUCCUCACCUUUGGCUUCACUGCCGCUGUCUGCAGCGCCCCUCCCGUCCGUCUUCGCAAUAACAAGGUCAGCGGUGGCUAUAUGAUCUUCCACGGUGUCGCCUAUGACCUGUCUCAGUCUCACCACCCCGUCGCUGAGGGUAUCCCUCGUCGUCAAGACGGCACUGGUGCCAACGUGCUGUAUGAUUUACCGGAAAAGCACUCUGGUCAGGACGGAAGUUUUCUCUUCCAAAAUGUCAACGGCGCUUGCAAGGGCAUCAUCACAGCUGCCCCCAACUCCGAUGUCCCUACCAACUCCAAUGGCGACCUCGCCUGGUACUUCCCAUGUACCACGAUGAACCAGGACGGCUCCACGAAACCUAACCUGACCAUUCCCUACUAUCUCGGUUACGCCUGCCACACUUCCAACCCCGGCCGCGACGCCUUUUACAAGGGACUUAAAGGUGCCGCCGAUGUCUACUUUUCUUGGGAUGAUAUCCGCAACAGCUCCCGCAACCUCAUGGUCUACUCUGGUAAUGUUCUUGACCUCGACGUCCUCAACUGGUUCAACGAGACUCAGGUUGCCAUCCCCGACCGCUUCAAGGAGCUCCGUGACACACAGUCCGCCGUCAACAAGGCCGUUCGCGGCCGCGACGUCACUCGCCUCUUCCAGAGCUCCGAAGACAAACAGUACGCCAAGUGCUUCCAAGAAAUUAUCAAGGUCGGCUCCGUCGACACUGAAACCGUCGGCUGCAUUGCGUCCAAGGUUGUCCUCUACUGUGCCUUGGUCCUGAUUCUAUCCGUCGUCAUCGCCCGAUUCGCCCUCGCCCUAGUCUUCCAGUGGUUCAUCAGCCGUACCUAUGCCGCCAGCAAGACCUCGCAAACGUCCGACCGCCGUAAGCGCAACAAGCAGAUCGAGGACUGGUCCGAAGACAUCUACCGCGCACCUGUUCGUCUCCCUGGCGCCGGCAGCACCGUCGCCGGCUCGGAUCGCAACAGCAAGCGCGCUUCGUCCUUCCUCCCGACCACCUCUCGAUUCUCAGCCCUCAACCCGGGCGAGCGCGCUCUCAUUGCCCGCGGCCGUCUUCCCACCACCAUGGCCAGCCAGGGUGGCAGCAGUGCUCUGUUGCAGCCCAACUCUGUUUACAAGCAGAGCAACGAUAGCCGUGCCAGUUUCCUACGCUCUGAAUCCUACGGCCACGUGAGCUCGACCGAAGGACCUGGCCCUGCCGGUUUCAUCCACGACUCUGUUGUUCCGCAGCCACCUUCGGACUGGAUGCCCUUUGGCUUUCCGCUUGCUCAUACCAUGUGCCUCGUGACCGCUUACUCCGAAGGCGUGGAGGGUAUUCGUACCACUCUUGACUCGAUUGCGAUGACUGAUUACCCCAACAGCCACAAGGUCAUCCUCGUUAUUUGCGAUGGUAUCGUCAAGGGCAAGGGUGAAAAUGUAUCGACCCCUGACGCCUGCUUAUCCAUGCUCAAGGACCACACCACGCCGCCCGAGCUCGUUCAACCAUUUUCGUACGUUGCUGUAGCUAGCGGCUCCAAGCGACACAACAUGGCUAAGGUGCAUUGCGGUUUUUAUGACUACGGUGCCGACUCGCGCAUCCCUCAGGAGCGUCAGCAGCGCGUGCCCAUGAUGGUUAUAGUCAAGUGUGGUACUAAGAGUGAGUCCGGUAAGGCUAAGGCGGGUAAUCGUGGAAAGCGUGACAGCCAGAUCAUCCUCAUGUCCUUCUUGCAAAAGGUCAUGUUUGACGAGCGCAUGACGGAACUCGAGUACGAGAUGUUCAACGGCUUGUGGAAGGUGACGGGUAUAUCGCCCGACUACUACGAGAUUGUGCUCAUGGUGGACGCCGACACCAAGGUCUUCCCCGACAGCCUGACGCACAUGGUGUCGGCCAUGGUCAAGGACCCGGAGAUUAUGGGUCUCUGCGGUGAGACCAAAAUUGCCAACAAGCGUGCCAGCUGGGUCUCGGCGAUCCAGGUUUUCGAGUACUUCAUCUCGCACCACCUCGCCAAGUCGUUCGAGUCAGUCUUUGGUGGUGUCACCUGCUUGCCGGGCUGUUUCUGCAUGUACCGUAUCAAGGCGCCCAAGGGCGGCCAGAACUAUUGGGUGCCGAUCCUGGCCAAUCCAGAUGUCGUCGAGCACUACUCGGAGAAUGUGGUCGAGACGCUGCACGAAAAGAACCUGUACCUGCUGGGUGAGGAUCGCUACCUCACCACACUCAUGCUGCGGACCUUUCCCAAGCGCAAGCAAAUCUUUGUGCCGCAGGCCGUCUGCAAAACGACGGUUCCCGAUGAGUUCAUGGUGCUCCUCUCACAGCGCCGCCGCUGGAUAAACUCUACCGUGCACAACCUGAUGGAGCUCAUCCUCGUCCGCGACCUUUGCGGCACCUUUUGCUUCUCCAUGCAGUUCAUCAUCUUUGUCGAGCUCAUUGGCACCUUGGUGUUGCCCGCUGCCAUUGCCUUUACCUUUUACGUCGUCAUCACGUCCAUCAUCCACCAGCCCGUCCAAAUCAUCCCGCUCGUGCUGCUUGGACUCAUUCUCGGCCUGCCUGGUGCGCUCAUCAUUGUCACGGCGCACUCGUGGUCGUACGUCGUCUGGAUGCUCAUCUACCUCAUCUCCCUACCUAUCUGGAACUUUGUGCUGCCCACAUACGCCUUUUGGAAGUUUGACGACUUUUCCUGGGGCGAGACGCGCAAGACGUCGGGCGAUAAGAAGGGCGGAGACGGACAUGAGGACAACGGCUCAUUCGACUCGUCCUCAAUCACCAUGAAGCGAUGGGCCGAGUUUGAGCGUGAGAGGCGGUCUAGGAGCGCAUACUGGGCCUCGGGCUCUCGCGACAACUUCGCGUCAACGGGCGGAUGGACGCUGCCGCCCGCCCCAGGCCAGGACGAAUAUUACUCGGAUGCCUGA